UGCAGCCAGGCCCCUGUCCCAGCUCCAUGUGGUCUGCCAGAAGCCCCCAUCCAUCCUCACCAGUCCACCAACUGGCCACUGAUCCCGGCCUCUUCACGGAGGGGGAGAAGAGCUUGGGGGCCUUGUGGGGUCCUCUCUUCUCUCCCUGCUCCCUGGGCUUGGCAGGGUGCUGAGAGUCCCUUCUCUGCCCUGGAGCCCCUCAAGAGGAGCUGGAGAUGAUGGCGCACAGGGCCAGAGAAGGGUGGUAUAGUGCAUGUUCCUUUUCUCUUUACCUGCAGGGAGCACUGACGGCCAGGGACAGAUACUCCAGCGCUUUCUGGAGAAGGACUGGGAGGACAACCCUUUCCCCCAGGGCAUUGAACUGUUCUGCCAGCCAAGUGGGUGGCAGCUCUUCCGCAAGAGAAACCCUCCCACCUUCUUCAUCGCGGCCCUGACAGACAUCAAUUCGGAACGACAUUACUGUGCCUGCUUCACAUUUUGGGAGGCCAUGGAGAGGUCCCAGGUGGGUCAGGGACUAUGGAUGGGCAGCUCUGGCAGAACCGCGGAGCCUUUUCUCUCCCGGCAGCUUCAGAAUCGUUUGCAGAAAGAGGAAGAAGAAGUGGAGGAAGAGCAAGAGGAGGAAGUGGCCGCCCCAGUCCAGCCAACUCAGCUCUUCGCCCCCAAGAGUUUGGUGCUUGUGUCCCGACUGGACAACGGAGAGGUGUUCCGGAACUGCCUUGGCCUGAUUGACACCAUCUACGUGGACGGACUGAGCACCUCCUUGGAGACGGUCAUCGGGAGCCUCCUGACCUGCAGCAUCCCCAUCACAGGGGGCUCCCAGGUGGGUUCCUGCUUCCAUCUGGGCCCCCAGCAGUGGCACCCCCAAGCCAAGGGCAGGAUUGCUGAGGGGUGCAGGGGUCAGGACACCCCUCUUUUCCUCUGUAAUGCACCCUCGGCAUCACCAGCCGCUUGCCCUCUGUAAGGGUUGUGAGGGUAGGAGGUGGCGGAAGAUGGCUGCCAGAUUGCUUCUCCAUCCUCUGUCCUUGGCAGUAGUCCCUGUUGUGGGGUGGUCCUGUCCGGGCUGCAGCUGGCCCUCUUCUCUCUGCUGCCACUGCUACCCCCAAUAUUCAAUCCAUGCCUCUGCCAAAGGGUUCCUGGUGGCCUUGUUUGUGUGUUGCUGCGUGGCACAGUGGUGGAAACUCAUGGCCAUGCCAGCUGGCCUGCUUGCACACUCUCUCCUCAGCUCUUUCCCUCCUGCCCCAGAGCAUCCUCCUGGGAGGGAUCCAGAAGGACCCUCAUGUCUGUCUGUCUGCGGGGAGGGAGUUGGUGCAAAGCUGGAGACAUCCUGUUUCUAUGUGUGCAGUGACUGGCCAGCAGGCCCUCUGUCCCUCCGUCUGUCCCUUUGCGCUUGUUCUCCUGCGCUGUGUCAAGGCCUGCACGCCUGCUCCUGCCUCCGCCUCGUGCUCUUGGCUGUUUGGGCCCUGCUCCAUGCGCUUGGCUCUGCCUCUUGCUCAGCCCUCUGCCUGGGUUGCGCUGUGUUUCUAAUUGACUGUGCUGUUUCUGUCUGUC